UCAUCCUAACCGUUCAAAUCGAUAUCCUCAGGUGAGGAGGAGGGAUAGGAGACGAAAGCGGGGAGAGGAGGCCGCUCGCUGCUCGCUCACCCGCCGUCGUAGACGCCCAUUAGGACGCCGUCGCCCCAAGUCCUCGUCGCCGCUAGCCGCCUCUUCGGGCCUCCAUCGUCCCCACGUAGUGCCAGCGACGCGUCCGGCUAUCCACCCGCUACUGCGACCGUGUCCGCAGUUGCCACCGCGGCCACGACUGCAAGGGGCGCCAGCGAUCACGACAAUCUACUUCGUCUGUGCCUUUUACUUUGCUGGCCGCUCAGAACAUUCGCCAGCCGCUUCGGAACACUCGCCGGUAGCUCCCUCCUGCGACCUGUCCGCUUGUGGGCCAAUAUCGAAUAAUUCCAGGACUUAAAGCUCUGCCAUGACAAACACUGCCUCAGUACCUCCAGAAAACCCCGCGGUUGGCCACCGGAAACGGUAUUUAGCAUCCGAAGCAGAAGAGGUAGAAAAGAGUAUCGAGCACACAAAGAAGAGAAGAACCAUUCCACAUGGAGCGUGGGCGAAUCUUGAUCUCAUCCUCUCUCUCCAGAGCAAAGAUGCUUCCUUCGGAAGCAAGAUCGAGCUUGCUUUUAACUACCUGACAACGAUUGAUGACGGCAAUGAUCGAAGACCUGAUGUUGUUCGACUUCCCAGAUUGUUUUCUAUUCUCAUUGACUGGAUUCAGCCCCAUUUAAUCUCUUCAGAGACUGCUACAAGAAACUCAGAGAUUUGCGAUCCUAGUUUGGACUAUAGAUGCUGGGCCGUUCUCAAAGUUAGCUUGCAAAAAUCAUCUUCUGGUGUUUCGCCAAAUCUUCUUCGAGCCAUUACCCAUGUAUUGCAGCAUGCGUUGCUCAUUGCGGGUGAUUGUUCAUUGUACGUGGGAGACUGCCCUAUGUUAUUUAAACAGUUGUUUGAGUGCCUCUCUUUUCUUCAUUUAUCCAAUUCAAGGACUUUCUACAAUGCUGGCGUUGAACUCUGGGUUUCAUGUGCCAAGGAGGUUGUUAAUCUUGUUCUCAAGGUAUUGACAAAUGAUGAUCUCAAGUCGACCGAUGCAGAAAUCUUUCUUAGCCUUGCGAUUCUUCUCCUAGAGAACUUUUCUGGCUUCCUCAGAUUUCACACAAACCCUAGAAAUGUCUUUCGACCCUUUAUGGAUAGGUUGCUCGAGCCAUUGCUUGAACUUUUUGUUCUAUUGAAGUUACGAGUGAAUGAAGGGAAACAUAAAAGAGUGGGUAGCCUGUUGGACAUGGUCAAAGAAGUAUUGUCAAAUGGGUUGUUUCAUCCAGCACAUAUUGGUGGGUUUUUAAGCUUCAGGAAUUCAACUGUUGAGCAGGAGGGAAGAUGCCUGAAAGGCAUUAAUGAGAGUUAUCAUAGACACUUCUUUCAAAGAUUGGAUAUGAUGAUUACAGAGAAGAAGGCAGUGCCACUUGGUGGCUUUGGAUACCUGCUUUGUUUGUUUAUCAACAAAGCUAAAAAUCAAAAUGUUGGUACUUUAGCAUCCAAAGUUGAUGUUGCUUCAGGGAAGCAUCCUGAAGAAGGUGAAGGGACUAGCAAACCACUCUUUGCAGUAUUUACACAGUUUUUAAAACCUCUGGUGUUUGAGUGCAGAAGGUGUCUGGAGUUUGACUUCUCAUGGAAUGAAGAUCUCCUAGAACUCAAGUUGGUAGAAGGGCACUGCAUGCUGAAGUCUGUAAAUGAAAUCUUUUCCAAUUUUAUUGAUGAGAAAAUAUAUGCACCUACAGAGGAUACUUCUGAAGAGUCUCAUUUCAAAUUUUUGAAAGAGAUCUGUGACAUAAUCAUUUCUAUUUCUAGGAACUUUUAUUCUUUUUGGUUGUCAAUUUUACACUUGGGCAAUGUAAGAAUUAAGAAAGUUUUGCCUUUGAUAGCAAAGGAGAUAUUUAUUGCAGUUGGAUCUUUUUUGGAAAUUGAGUAUAAGGCUGUUGGGGAUGAGCUUGUAGAACUAUGGUUAAUGAUGUUAUCAUACUUGGCUGUUCAAAUGCCUUUAUCUGAUAUAAAGCCUUGUGCUUUGUUGGUUUCUGAGAUUUUGAAACUCGCUUGCCAGCUAAUUAACAUAUACAGUGAGCUUCGCCAGGUUAAUGGUCCCAUUUUUGCACUGUGUAAAGCUAUAAGACUAUUCCCAGUAGGCAAUAGUGCUGUUUCAACCAGAAAUUCUGUAUUUGUUGCCUCAUCAUCUCUGCACUCUGGAAUGUGUUUAAAAUCAAUUUCAACCUUGUUAAGUUCAGAAACCUUUCAACUUGCUAUGUCUAAUUCUAUCAAGUCAAUACCAGAAAGGCAAGCAAAUGGAUGCAUACAGGAGCUAAAUAUUGAUAUCACUGACUCACUAGAAUGGAUAAAAAAUGGUCAACAUGACAAUACUUAUGUGGGAGAAACAACUACCUCAAACAGAAAAAUAUUGGAAUCAGAUCUUAAGGUAGAAAUCUUAGGGAGAAUUCUGACAGAAAUAUACAUAAUUAUACUGGAUUCAUUAACAGUUACUGUAACAAAUAGUCUCAUUGUAGGAAAUUCUGUUGAGAGUCUGUUGAAAGGGAUAAGGCCUAGCUUCAGUUAUUUGGUUCAAAAUCCAUCAGAUGGUAUCAAUGAGUUUAUCUACUGUAUCACAGGCCAGAAUUUAUUGAAUAAUGAUUUGAUUCAAUCUCAAAAUGGACAACAGAUGUUUCCAAUUUCCAUGUCCUGGUUUUUUGUGUUUAUCUUUCGAGUUUAUACAUCCUGUAGAAGUUUAUACCGACAAUCAAUUAGCUUUAUGCCACCUACUUCAGCAAGAAAGGCAUCAGAUACAAUGGGGAACUUAUUUUAUGUAUCUCAUGGAUUGGAAUGGAGAAAUAAGUUGAAAUUCCUAGAUAAUGGUUAUUUCUCAUGGAUAGUUAAUCCCUCCAUUUCCCUUGUGAAUUUGAUCCAAUUUCUUUCUGAACCAUUCUUGUCAAGUAGCUCUCCAGCAUACACACAUCUUUAUUGUGCAGUUACUGUCAUGGUAUUACAGAGGGUUAACGACUUGAAUAGAAUGCUUAAAGUGUACACGUUUUUGCAAAAAGAAGGCUCACAUGGAAGCAAAAUUCUGCUUGAAAAUUCUGGUAUCCAUAAAUCAAGCAAACGAUUGAACAGACUCAUUGCUAUUUCCAGGAGUGAGGCAACUGAGUUGACUAACUUCUUGACUGGUAAUCUACAAUAUAUGGCUUCACAUGGUAAGUGCAUAUGCAACCAAAGAUUCAAUUCUUCUGAGACGACAAUAUCACUUUCAGAUGGAAACAAUUUGGGCAAUGAUGUUUGCUCAUUCUAUGGGAAUUUGUUACCUGGUCAACUUUGGUUACUUAUGUGUCAGAAUAUAGAUGCUUGGUGCACUCAUGCCUCUAACAAGGAUCUCAAGGUGUUUUUGUCUCAUUUGCUACUAUACUCCUUGCCUUGCCGAAGUGUUUUGGAGGAAUCGAGCAUUGGUGGAUCUUUAUUCUGGAACGUUAAUAUGCACAAAGUGGCAUUGGAACUAAUCAGUGACAGCAUUCUCUAUGAGCAACCAGCUUUAUUCAAGUACUUAACUUCAAGGAUCUGCCGUGCUCUAAAGCGAUCUUUCACAGAUUUAGCAAAUAAUUAUAGUGCAAGCUGUAAACAUUUGUAUUCUUUAUCAGAAUGGUCAGAGAUCCUUAACACAUUAGUUCAAGGGGCGGUAGCUGAUAUUAGUGGUAGUUCUUCCCUGUCAGUACCAAAUUGCAUUUGUUCUGACAUAUGUAGGCGAGAAUCAUGUACUUCAUCUCAAAUCCAACUCAAAGGUUGUGAAGAUUUGCUGCAUCUCUUGUGUAAAAUGCCUGCAAUUCAUGUUACGACUACUGCUUUCACUGACUAUGCAACAUACAUACUGAACAUUGAAAGGGUACUGAUGUCAAUCUUAAAGACUUGUCAUACUCAAUCUUCUGUCAACCAUCUUCCCUAUCUUUUGAGAUUGUUUGUAUUAUGCCGACGUGCCAUAAAACACCUGCUUGUUGCAUCUGUUGAAAAUGAAGAGACUCUAAAUCCCUCAUAUUUGUUUACUGUAUUUAAUCAUUCAACUAUUUUAUGGUUUUUGAAAUCAGUUGAUGAAUUAGUUGGACUGCCACAUGCAUUUUUUGGGGAGAUGAAUUCUGUUCAGGUAGAAGCUAUGUAUUUUUCAUUGAUAGAUCACACAGCCUACAUAUUUUUGACAGUGAGCAAAAAACUGAUGAGUUCUACAUUUCAACAUAAAGUAUACAAUGAGAUGCUUGACAAACAACUUGCUUCACAAGAUGUUAUUACAAAAGAAGAUAUAUAUAAUAUAUCUGACCAGUACUCUGAAACUUCUGGAAACAGUGAAUCCUUUAAAGGUUUGGAAAUGUUUGCUGAGAUUUUGGCAGAUCAGAUAAGAGAUUUAACUAUUACCAAGGAUAUGAUACAUGAGAAGGAAACUGAUCUUUAUAUUUUUAACUGGAACAGAUUAUCAUGUCUUAUGUCUUGUCUUCAAGGUUUUCUGUGGGGCGUGGCAUCUGCUACAAAUAGCAUGGAUGGCGACCUCUUCACUGAUAAUCAACAGCCAGUGUUGUACGCCCAUCCCUCUAGACUGGAAAAUUAUUUUGUUGUAUUCGAGAAUUUUGUUCACUCCUGCAUUAGUAUUUUGUUCACUCAUACACAUGAUAAAAGUUCAUGCAGAAAUAUAGUUGCAGAAACUGCUCCUUUUCAUGAAGAGCAUUUUUUUGUCAAAAAUCAUGUCAUUUCGCAAAAGCAAGUAGAGAAGACAUACAACAAAGACCCUUCAUGUGAUGAAAAUGCUAAUCAUUUUGCGAUUAGGAAGGGAAAAAGCUCACAUGCUAUCCACAAAAAGAGAGUUAUUAAUGCUUUCAGAGCGAUUUAUGAUACUAAUUUAUCUAAUCUGGAACAUCUGAGAGUUUCUUUUAUACAAAGUUUAUUAAAAGGUGAAAGAUCUUAUUUAGCAUAUGCCGUUAGACAGUUAUUUCUUUCUUCUGCAGCAAUCCUUAAGCUAAGAUGCAUGUUUUUGUUUCGUAUUGAACUGGAAUCUCGAAGUGGUUUUCAGGAAUUUCCAUCAACUUCCAUGACUGAUCUACUUGAAAUUUCUCAUGUAAUUCUGCAAGAAGUAGCAGAAAUGGUUGGCAGGCCCAAUCAGUUGAGUUUUGUUUGGUUAGAUGGUAUAUUGAAAUAUCUCGAAGUUAUUGGAGAUUACAUCAAUUUGACCGAUCCUCAUUUGUCAAAAGAUGUAUACAUACAUUUUAUAAACGAUCAUUUGAGAGCUAUUGGGAAAUGCAUUUCUGUGCAAGGAAAGUCAGCUACCCUUUCAUCUCAUGAUACUGGAUCAAAUACAAAGAUGCUCCAGAGAGAACCUCAUAUUAGUGUUUGUGAAGGCCAGUCUCUUUAUGCCAGAGAAUGUGAAAUCAAUAAAUUCAAAGGGUUGCUUAGAUUGUCAUUCAGAAAAUUCAUUUCAAGGCCAACAAAGUUGCAUCUGGAGAUGGUUGUGCUUGCAAUAGAAAGGGCGAUGAUUGGAAUGCAGCCAGUUUAUCAUACUGGCUAUGAAGUAAGAACUGUAAAUGUUGAUGGUAGCAAGGUAUCCCCCAUCGUUGCAGGUGGCAUAGAUGGUUUGGACUUGGUUCUUGAAUAUGUUUCAGAACAAAAGCCUGUGAUCAAGGAAAGAAUCUCAAGUCUAGUUGUAUGUUUAUUCAAUAUAAUUGUGCACAUUCAUCAUCCAAAAAUCUUUUAUGGGGAGAAGUUGCUCCUUAAUAAAACCGAGGUUAAUGCAGAUGCUGGUUCAGUUAUUCUUAUGUGUGUAGAGGUGCUUAUAACAAUUGCUGGGAAGCAGUCUCUCCAUAUGAAUAAAUGCCAUGCUAGCCAAUGUUUGCAUGUACCAAUGGUACUUUUCAAGAACUUCUGUGAACUCAGAGAUUCUCUUGACUGCAACUUUUCUACUGAUUCUCCAGAUGUAUCGGGAUCUUGUAAUGAUGCCCAUGAUUAUAUGGUUGACCGUGAAUUCUCUGUUGAUCUAUAUACUUCAUGCUGCAAGCUUUUAUGCACCACCCUUAGGCACCGGACAUAUGAGGUUGAACGAUCGAUUGCCCUCCUCCAAGAUUCAGUAGUUACUUUGCUUAACUGUCUGGAGAUUGUUGAUGUAAAUUCACAAUACAGGAAAGGUUGUUUUACUUGGGACAUGGGUGAGGCAGUCAAAUGUGCCAGCUCCCUGAGGAGGAUCUACGAAGAGAUAAGACAGCAAAAGAAUGUCGUCGGGAAGUCUUCAAUUUACUUCCUUUCCAGUUACGUCAAUGUAUAUUGUGGGUUUGGUCCCCUCCAAACAGGCAUCAAAAGGGAGAUAGAUGAAGCACUGAGACCUGGAAUAUAUUCUCUAAUCGAUAUAUGCACAUCAGAUGAUAUACAACAACUUCACACUCUACUUAAUGAGAGUUCUUGCAGAAGCACUCUCUCAGAACUGGUACGCGACUACCGAUUGAAUUUUCGAUUUGAAGGAAAAGCCUAAUCCAUAACUAAUAGGCCUCGCCGGAGGAAUGAUCGCCACACCAACAUCAACAGUGGGCUCGAAGGUAUUACCGAACGGCUAUCCUUCCCAAAUGAUUCCGAUUGCCGAGCAGCAACCUAAUUUUCCAAAAGAAUCAGCAACCUUAUUUAUCUGGCAACACCGAGAGAAAAAUCUCGAAACAAUUGAGGUUUUAACUUUGCAUCAUGGACUGUGUAUCUAACCAUUUAUCUAGCUGAUUUUUAUAUCUUAGGAUUUAUAAAAUUGCCCUUUUAUGAUGCACACGCCUUUUUUUUUUUGUUAUCUGUAUAUUUCAGAAUUUGCACAAUUAAACAGACAAAUUUGUACAAUUAUGAUACCAUAUUGAGAAUAUAUUAUUCUUUGUUGUCCUUUGAA